GCCCUUCACACCGGCCGCUUAUUCCCGCUCAAGUAAGUAGCGCCCAGGCCCACGCUCCGGCUGCAGGUUGAGGGGCGGGGGAGAGGUACCUGUUUGGGCUCGGUGGCCACGGGCGGCGGCGGGGGCACCGCCUGCACGGGUCCGGCCGGCAUGACUGCGACGCUGAGGGCUGCCAGUCCGCCUCGGUGUCGGUGAGGAGUGCCGCCUCAAGACAGCCUCCCCGCUCGAACAGUACGACGAGCUCGCAAAAUGGCGGCAGCCGAGCGAGUUGUGGCCGCGAAGGUAAGACUGACGCACUUCCGGGACCGCCCCCUCGCCGUGGCGCGCUUCCUGCUCCACCCCGCGGGCACCGCGGCGUCCGACGCCGUUGUCAAGGCAGCGGCUGGAGCGCCGGGCUAGGGGUUUCCGGGGUUCCCGGGAGCCGCAGGCGCGCCGGGGGCAGUUCCCGGAGCCGACCGGAUACAGUGGCUGAAACCGCGACGCCGAAGACAGGGUCUGAAGAGCUACUCAGGGCCAACCCUGCACUGGAGACAGGAAGCCGGGCACGUGGAUGAGCCUCUGACCCAGAGCCCUGGAGCCCACAGGCUCAUCUGAGAACUAGACACUCAGUCACUCCAGCUCCACGGGCAGGCACCUGCACAGAGCAGCCACGUGACUCUGGCUGGCAGGGCUCUUCUGUGCUCACCCCAGGAGCUGUGAGGAUGGCGCACCUGCUGGGCAGCCAGGCCUGCAUGGACAGCCUGCGCACAGACCUCACCGACCUGCAGGGUGCCAUCGUAGACGUCUUCUCCCGCGCCGGGCCUGUGCGCUUCCCCUCCUGGAAGUUCCCUGACCGCAUGGCCUGUGACCUCGACAUGGUGGCCCUGCUGGAGCACUAUGACCAUGUUCCGGGUGACCCCGAGUUCACGCAGCUGUCCCAUGUUGUGCUGCUGGAGCUGGUCAUCGACAGGCUCCUGCUGCUGCUUCAAAGCUGCAUGAGCUACUUGGAGAACCUUGGCUCCGAGCAGAUGAUGCCCCCUGCACGGGCUACGGGGCCCUGCAUGUCCGUGGGGCUCACGGUGCGGCGCUUCUGGGAUAGCCUGCUGAAGCUAGGCACGCUCCACCAGCAGCCACUCCCCCAGAAAGGGGCAAACCAAAGAGAGACUCCCACCUCCAAGCCCACCAAGGGCGAGCCAGCCAGGAGCCCUGAAUGUCUGCCUGCCAAGUUCAUCAAGCCCUCCUCCCCAGUGCCAGGCUUGCCCCAGACCUGCCAAGAGCCAGAGAGCAUCCCUGUCAAAGCCUCCCUGCAGUUCCCAGCCACGACCUCCAGGAACACCAGGAGUGUCUACUCCCAGACCAUUGAGACGGCCCUGGUGCCCUGUGACGCAUGCGCCAGCGUCCAGGGAAGCCUGCAGAAGGUGGGCAAGGCGGUCAUCAGCCUGUGUCAGAGCCAGAACUUGCCUUCAUCCUUAGGCCAGUUCCAGCAACUGGUACAGGACAGCAUGGGGCUCAGGCCACUGCCGGCUGCUACAGUGGGCCGCUGGGCAGCAGAGCAAAGGAAAGACCUGAAGCGCCUCAGUAAGCACGUGGAGGCCCUCAGGGCCCAGCUGGAGGAGGCCGAGGGGCAGAAGGAUGGCCUGAGGAAGCAGGCGGGCAAGCUGGAGCAGGCGCUGAAACAGGAGCAGGGGGCGCAGCGGCGACAGGCAGAGGAGGAUGAGCAGUGCCUGUCCGAGUGGGAGCGUGACAAACAGCAGCUGCUCACAGAAACAAGUGACCUAAAGACAAAGAUGGCCACCCUGGAGAGAGAACUGAAACAACAGCAGGAGUCCACGCAGGCUAUGGAGACAAAGGCCCAGCAGCUGCAGGAGGAAGGCGAGCGCAGGGCGGCAGCAGAGAGGCAGGUGCAGCAGCUGGAGGAGCAGGUGCAGCUGUUGGUGGGUCGGCUGGAGGGCGCUGGCCAGCAGAUCUGCUGGGCCAGCACGGAGCUGGAUAAGGAGAAAGCCCGUGUUGACAGCAUGGUCCGCCACCAGGAGUCUCUGCAGGCCAAGCAGCGAGCCCUGCUAAAGCAGCUGGACAGCCUGGACCAGGAACGUGAGGAGCUGCGGGGCAGCCUGGAUGAGGCUGAGGCCCAGCGGGCCCACGUGGAGGAGCAGCUGCAGAGCGAGCGGGAGCAGGGGCAAUGCCAGCUCAGGGCCCAGCAGGAGCUGCUGCAGAGCCUGCAGAGGGAGAAGCAAGGCCUGGAGCAGGCGACUACGGACCUGCGGCUAACCAUCCUGGAGCUAGAGCGGGAGCUGGUGGAGCUGAGGGAGCGGGAGCGGCUGCUGGUGGCCUUCCCAGACCUGCACCAGCCCACCGAGACCCAGAUCCAGAUCCAUGGAGGCAGAUCCAGCAGCGUGGAAUCCCAGAUAACAUGUCCCACAGACUCUGGCAACGUCACAGAUCACAUGGAGAGGCAAGUGCAGGCCAACGACAUCCGCAUCCAGGUCCUACAGGAGGAGAACGGGCGGCUCCAAUCAAUGCUGUCCAAAAUCCGGGAAGUGGCCCAGCAGGGUGGCCUCAAGCUGAUCCCGCAGGACCGGCUCUGGUCCCCUUCUAGCAAGGGAACCCAGGGAGCAACACAGCCAGUCCAGGCCCAGAGCACAUCCCCAGGGCCCUUGGGCAGACAGCACCUUCCUGGCAGCAACACGGGCAGGACCCUGCUGGGCCAGCCCUGCGCAUCCCCACCUCGGCAGCAGCCCUGCGCAUCCCCACCUCGGCAGCAGCCCUGCGCAUCCCCACCUCGGCAGCCCUGCAACCAGCCCAGCAAGUCCUUGCUGGAGGGUGUGACCCACUUGGAUACCUGCACCCAGAACCCCAUCAAGGCCUUGGUCAGGCUGAGGAAGAGACUGUCACCUGGCCGGGGACAGGCCAGCUCUGCACACCAGCCCCAGGAGCGGCCCAUGUAGCCUGUGGCAGUGCUGAGGCUGGAUGGCAGGUGGCUGGUAGCCCACCCGCCGUAAUAAAGCCCUGGCCAUUGGCCCACAGCA